UCUCACCGGCCAGUCAUUGGUUUAUAUCGCUUCAUCGUUUCUCCCGCAGUGGCCAUAUUUGUUGAUGUGUCAUCAAAGUGACUUGUUGGGGCCAUCAGCUGGUAAGGCAAAGCGCCCAAAGUUAUCUAUUGUCUGGAUUCUCUUCCGAUUGAACUACACCAUGGGCUUUCCGCAUUCGAUUUAAACCAGAAGGACCAUGGAACAGCCUGGUCCUGCCACAGACACACACAUGAUGGAAGGAUCGGAGGGUGAAUCUGUGCUGGAGGGAUUGCAACUGGCGGAUCAACCUCACAACAGCACAUCUAACACAGAAGAGGAGGAACAAACCUCUCACAAUAGUGCGGAUGAGGGAGAACAGGGCAGUCGGGCAAAGGAUGAAGCAGAGUUUGACAGUAAAUUAAUCAAGACUAUGACAGAUGUCCAGACAGAGAUAAUGACAAAGUCAGAAGCCCAAACAUGCUGUCAGGAACAUGUAGAUAGGAGAAAGCUGGAUGCUGAUGACGGCUGUAAUAGCAGUACAGAUUUAAAGGAAGGCGGGAUCCCUUCACUUUCAAAUGAGGCGGGCCCAGUCACCACUUUGGAUGAUGUGGUAGAAAGCUCUCCUUUGGUUCUUGAAGGGACAACAGAAACCUUAUUGACUUUUGAAAAAGGGAAAGAUUCUCAUGCCACCACUCCAAACAGCAAAGAGCAGCCAUCAGUCUCGGAUACGAAUCGUCCCACAGAGUCGUCGCCUGCUGAUGAUAGUGGUUCAGCGGAGAGUCCAUCAUCCACUUCCAUCCGAAGCACUUCCAAACACUCCCCCACCGAUUUGACAACCUCCUCUGGGUUCUGUAAUGGACCUUCUACCCCCAGAUCAGAGACUGUUGGCUCAUCCCUGGCUUCCAGCCCCCAAACCAGUGCUAACACCUCAGCCCCCUCACAUGCCUUGUCUAGUCCGUAUGACACUGAUUGCAGCCGAAAGCUCAUCUCCCAGAUCCAGCGCUCGCUGUCACAGGAGUCACUGCUGGAUGAGCUAGAGUCAGAGCUGUUGGCUUUCCAGCUGCCUGAAGGGGGACGUGGAGGUGAGAGGAAAGAGAGCCCACCUGUCAAUGGUCUCCCUACAGACCAAGAGGGCUGCAUGGUGGUCUUAGAGAAGUGUGUGCAAUUCAAGUAUGCACAGCAGGAAAAAUCCAUUCAGAGGCUGCUUGAGGAGAACAAGAGGCAUCAGGAGCUGAUCCUGGGUAUUUGUUCAGAGAAGGACAACAUGAAAGAAGAGCUGAAAAAGAGGUCAGAAACAGAAAAGCAGCACAUGGCCACUAUUAAAAAGUUGGAGGGCAGGGUGGAGGAGCUGCUGAAAGAACUUAAGGAGUCGCGGGAUAAGCUAAUUCACCAGGACCAGGCAGCUAAGGCUGCCCUCCAGCACAUGCAUAAAGACAUGUCCCACAGGCUUGAACAGGUGAACAAGAAGUGUGAUGAGGCACGCCAAGAGAAGGAGGCCAUGGUGAUGAAAUAUGUGCGGGGGGAGAAAGAGGCCCUGGACCUGAGGCGGGAUAAGGAGAGUUUGGAGAAGAGUCUGAGGGAAGCCACCAAGGAGGUAGACCGCCAGGCCCUCAGAGGAAACCAGCUGGCUCAGGAGAAAGGUCGGCUGCAACAGCUGUAUGAUGCUAAGGAAGGCGAGGUUAGCAGGUUGACUCGAGAGGUGGAAAAGUUGAAGGAGGAGAUCAACUCGUAUCUUAUCAAGGUCAAAUGGGCCCAGAACAAACUAAAGAGUGAGGCAGAUGGACACAAGGAAACUAAAGACAAACUGAGAGAGACCACUUCCAAACUGGCCCAGGCCAAAGAAGAGACCGAACAGAUCCGCAAAAACUGCCAGGACAUGAUCCGAACAUACCAGGAAUCGGAGGAGCUCAAGUCCAACGAGCUGGAUGCUAAGCUAAGGAAGACCAAAGUAGAGCUGGAGAAACACAAGCAGGAACAAACGGACCAAUUAGAGGUCCACCGAGUGAAGGCCAAAGAGCUGGAUGACCUGAAGAGGAGUUACAAAGAGGGCAUGGAUGAGCUCAUUACUCUACGAACCAAGUUAAAGUGUCUAGAGGACGAGCGUCCACGCUGGGAGGACGAGCUGAGCAAGUACAGGGAGAUCAUCAAUCGGCAGAAAGCGGAGAUCGGACGUCAGAGAGAAAAGCUGGAAGAGAUCACUGCGCUCCAGGAUCAGCAUCAACGUGAUAAACAGGAGAUCACGUCUCUUCGUGAGGAAAUGGACAGCCUGACCAGCCAGAUGACGGACCUCCAGCGUGAUGUGCAAGGCAGCAGGGAGCGGGAGGCUGAGUUACUGGGCUUCACUGAGAAGCUGAGCAGCAAGAACGCCCAGCUCCAGUCAGAGAGCAACUCACUGCAGUCUCAGCUGGAUCAGCUCAACGGCUGCUUCACAGAGCUGAAAGCAAAGCUGGAGGAGACCAACAGGCUGUUAGAUGACAAGUCACGGCAGUUGAAACAGGAAGAGGUGCUGAGGCAGCAGGAGGUGCAGGGCCUGCAACAGGAGCGGGCAGCACUACAGACAGAGAUGGGUCAUCUAAUAACCCGAGUUGAAGAGCUGAGGGAUGAGCUGGUGACUCAGAAAAGGAAACAAGCUGCCAACAUCAAGGACCUGACAAAGCAACUAACACAAGCUCGUAAGAGACUGGAGCAGGUUGAGAAUGGAGGCUGCGAACGGGAUGCCAGCAGUAUGGGCAGUCGCUCAAGUUCCUCAGGUACUGCUCCUGGAUUUGGCUCCUUGAAUGCACGCCAUGGUGGGAGCAGUGGUGUUGAAGAGCGGUCACCAGAGAGCCAGUCAGGUCCUUCAGUAGUGGCCGUUGACAGCUUCCCAGAGGUCGACAAAACCAUGCUUGUGGAGCGCAUUGUCCGCCUGCAGAAAGCCCUGGCUCGCAAGCAGGAAAAAAUUGAGUUCAUGGAGGAUCACAUUAAGCAACUGGUGGAGGAGAUCCGCAAAAAGACCAAAAUUAUCCAGAGCUAUGUGCUAAGAGAGGAGUCAGGGGCCUUCUCAUCAGAGGCGUCGGACAUUAACAAGGCCAACCUGAGCCGGCGGGGAGGCAUCAUGGCUUCACUUUACUCCUCCCACCCGGCGGACAGCGGGCUGACCCUGGACCUGUCGCUGGAGAUCAACAGGAAGCUGCAGGCUGUGUUGGAGGACACACUGCUGAAGAACAUUACUCUGAAGGAGAAUCUACAGACUCUGGGGGCCGAGAUCGAGAGGCUCAUAAAACAGCGGCCAGAUCCUGAGGAUGGAAUGAGGAGGAAGUGACAUAACCAUGUCACAGGCAAGAGGAAAUAAAGGACUAAGAACUACUUAAGGAAUCUCCAACCAAAUGGUUUUAACGGAACAGCAAAAUUGUACAUGUACACGCAGUCCUGAUCUCAACAUAUAAAGGACAAAAAUGAAUGUUGGAAGUGCCAGUAGCACCUCAGGCUGCUUUUUGGAAGCACGUCUUGUACUCUUGUCCAUUUUGGAGAAGGUGUCUGAACUUACUUGAACUGUCAUUAUUCCAUCCACAAUGUACCCCCUCCUCCAACACAACAAAUCUUCCUCGGGCUAACCUAGUUCUCCCCCCCCACCCCACCCCCCUCGGACCAGUUGCUUUAUGUUGGAAAGUCUGACUGCCUUGGAAACUAAUUGACUGAAAUGCCAUCAUUCUGAAUGUAUGGCAAAUUCUACCGAAGAAGUAGUCUUAAAAAAAUAACGACAAACACUUAUUUGCCAAUGAAUUCAUUUUAUAAAAAAAUAUUUCUCCUCACUGCUCUUCACCGUACAGUAAGUAAACCGAUUUGAGCUGCUCAUUGCCCAGCAUGCGCUCUCUGCUGGUCUCCUGAUGUCUGUCUGCCAAUAAGCCAAAUGUAUUUUUGAAAAGCUGCUUCUUCAGCUUGACUACCCACCGCAUUCCGAGAAGAAAAAGUGAAGGAAAAAGAAACCGAUCAGCCCUGGCUUGUUCGGGAUCUUGUUCGGGACCUUGUGUGCCACCCGCGCAUCUUCCAUUAAACUUUUGCUCUGCACAGCACUUAAACGGCCAAACUGGUGAAGCAAGGUGCCUCAGAUCAGCAGACCCACCCAUCUGAGAAACCGGUGCUAGACUGAAGGAAGUAGUCGGUCUUUGCAAUGUUUCAUGCAGCCAACAGCACAGGGCCAUCAGAUUUGAAGUAUCCCCGUGUUAAGCUGCGUACAACUGAAGAAAGUAGAAUAUGUUACGGUUGCAAUGUAGAGCUGGUCUUGAGUUUGCCCAUGUUUUGAAGGUAAUUCUUUUUUUCUUUUUUUUUUUUGGCUUCAAAUUGAAUCCAUUUUUAUCGUGCAUUUUCACCUAAAGCUUUCUUUUAGAAUUUAUGUUCUUUGCUUUUAAUUUCGAAAAAAUGAAUACCUUAAAUUAUUGCCUUUCCUUCACUAAUCUUUUUGUUUACCAACUGGAAACCACUUCUCUUAAUCAGACACGAGCAUCUUAAGCGGUUUGUUUCAGCUGCCCUAAAAGUGGAUUGUAAUCAUCAUUAGCAUGCCUCAUUCCAAGCGGUGGACACAGAAAUGCUAACAGCUUGUAGAAAUGUUUGUUGCACCCUGUGCACAAUAUGAUCUGGUAAGGGGGGGACAAGAAUAGACAAAAAUAUUAAGGUUUUCCUACCAAGCUCCUUUUAUUUUAUUUUAUUUUAUUUUUUGUCACGGAGUCCAUUGAAGUAAAAUUGUAGAAGAAUCAGAGGGACGGAAGAUCUGUAGCUUAGGAAAGCCAAUGGAACCCAUAUAUCCAGGGACCGUACAAUGGUGUUCCUUUCAUUGAUUUUUUUUUUUUUUUCCUGAAUGUGUUUGUGUACAAGCAUAUUGUUUUUAUGCAUGUGUAUGUGCAACAUGCGACUGUGCUUGUGUUUGAAUAUUUCAAAGUGUAAAAUGCGUGUGCGCAUGGCAGCAUGUGUGCCUUUUUAACCUCUCGAAGCUUAUGUGUUCACACCUCAGCGUCUGAGCUGAUAGGCUUUCACCAGAUUAACCAUGAAGUUUGUUACACCCAGAGGCAUAAACUUGAUUUGCAUUUAAACCAGCUAGUCUCUCUCUUUUUCUUUCUUUCUUUCUUUCUGCAGCUUCUUUCUCAAACACUCUCUAAAAGGUAAUAGAGCAGGCAACUGGCUAAUUCAACAAUACUACAUUUUCUUUGGUCUUUAUUUGAUUUCCAAAGCUGUCAUAAAACAUAAGCCUUCAUCUUUAUUGCCACAAUCAGAAAUAGACUUUUGUUUUAUGGAUGGUUAUGGCUUGAUAUCCUUCUCGUGCAACAAGAACACAUAUAAUACAUCUUAAUUCACACAUGAUAUUGAAACUUAACCUUUUAAACUGCAGAAGGUUUAGUCCGGUUGCAUUUUUAUCGCUUCAUAUUUAGUUUUUUUGUUUUUAGAUGUUUCAUACAUCUUUAAGAAUGCAGAAAUCAGCUGCUUACUGCUGAAUAGGUGGAAAUCAUAACCGUUGGUUUUGUUUUGCAAUUUCUGGGACAGAAGUCCGAUACAACCUAUGCAAAACACCCGCAUGGGACUUCCUAAUUAAUUGCCCAUAAUUCUCAAAUGUAUGAUUCAAGAUUUCACAUAUUCCCACAGCCUUGAAACGAACGAAGCCAUGCCGCAGCAUUGUGUGAAUGACUGAAUAAGGAUUCACUAUAUAGAUAUAAAGAAAUGGUGUUGAGUAUGUGUGAGUGUCAAAAUGUGACAUUAAAUAAGAAAUUUGUCAUUUUUCUGUUUUUCUUCUUGUUGUACAAUGAUUCCCCCUGCUCUUGUUUUGUGAAAUAUUCAAACUGUGAUUAUAUAAUAUAUAUAUAUAUGUAAAUAUGUCAUUGUGUAAAAUUACAAUAUGUUUUUAAAAAUUAUGUUUCGGGAUUAUGUUUGUAUAUAUGGUGUUUCCAGGGAAUAAAAGGAGAUGAGUCUCUUCUCUUGAAUGUC